CAGGUGAAUGCAAGCAGUGCAGAGUUACCCGCUGAAUCGGUAGGAGGUUCGCGAGAGUACGUUCACCCGUUAAAAAUCCUGUCUAGGUACAUACUUUAUACUGUUCAUUUCACGCCAAAUACACCGUCCACAACGCGGGACUGAAAACCGUACAAAAUUACCUACCAAUCAACGAUAUCUCGCAAUGGUGCAAGACCGCUAUUAACGAUUUUCAACUUUUCAUAAAGAAAGUUUUACAACGUUAUUUAUUAUUUACAUCAAUUUCAUAUCAAAGCACACUGCUCGAUCAUGUAAGGAGUUUACUCAGACAAAAAUGUUCAAGAGAAAUAAUGCUGACAAAUAUAUGGUUAUAAGGCAGUAAAAACGAAGAUAUGGCAGCGUUCAAUGCCGCAUGGUUUUUUCAAAUAAUUGUGGUUCUUCUGAUUAUCUUAGUAGCAGUUCAAGAUAAUUACGUAACAGGAUGUCAAAUUCAUCCAAUAGGCGAAUAUAUCAAACUCAUCAAGGUGCCAAAAAAUCUUAAGAAAGGAUCUGAAAUUUUAACCUUGGAGGUGCAUCCGAGAGACCAUCUGAAAAUUGUAUCCGUUGACAGGGAAACAGAUUUGCAAUAUUUAUCUUAUAAAGAAAUCAACAGGACACAUAUAUCUGUGAUAUUAAAUCAAUCCUUGGAAAAUUUUGUUGACAAUAAUUCUGCACCUAAUUUGCUCAACUUUCGUAUAACUUGUGAUUCAUCAGAUACAGAAAGUGAAUCACUGAUCACAUCACGGUUAUCUGUAACAAUAUUCGUUGAAGAUGUUAACAUUCAUACACCACAGUUCAUUGGAACACCCUACCAUGCCACUAUGGACGAGCUCACUCCAGUUGGAAGCAAAAUUUUGUGUGGAAUAUAUGCCAUUGACAAGGAUAAAUUAAACACAGCUAAUAGCGAAAUAUAUUAUACGAUCGUUGAUGGAAAUAGAGAAAAAAAGUUUUCUUUAGAAUAUGAUGAUCACGGAACUUGUAUUAUUCUCAGUAAAUCUGUGGAUUAUGAUAAAGGAGAACACAUAUUUAAUAUAACUAUUGCUGCAAUGGAUCGAGGAACACCGUCAAAGAGCAGCAAUAGUACAGUUACAAUAAUAGUACGAGACAAUGAUGAUCUGAAUCCACAGUUUACGCAUCCAAUUUAUAAAGCACAAAUUAAAGAAUUCCAACCAUUAUCGAAUAUACUUUCAAUUAACGAAGAAAUAAAUUUCACAAACCCAAUUCAUGCAUUUGAUCAAGAUCGAGGUGUCGAUACUCCAGUUCGAUAUGACAUAAUAUCAGGAAAUGAGAGAGGAUUUUUUUAUCUCGAUCCACAAAAUGCUUCUCUCUAUUUGAAACAAGCAUUGGAUCUUGACUCUGAGAAAUAUUUAGUUCAAAAUACAUUUGUGCUAAAGGUUAAAGCAUCUCAGAUAGACAAUCCCUUGAAAUUUGCUCUAUCUAAAGUGGCAAUAGAAAUUUUUGAUAUAAAUGACAACUUACCAGAGUUCGAAGUUGAUUUCUACAACAUCAGCAUUGUAGAAAAUCUACCCAAUGGAUUUAGCGUUUUACAAGUAGUCGCCUAUGAUAGAGACCAGGGUCAAAACAGUGAAUUUGUAUAUGAACUCGAAGAUCCGUCGGGAGCAUUUUCUAUUGAUCCCAAUUCCGGAUGGUUAAUUGUCAGAGAUGAAACAAUUCUUGAUAGAGAAAAAAGAGCUCUUAUAAAAAUGAAAGUUUUUGCAGUUGAAAAAGUGCCAAGUGUUAAAUCCUUUUCCAGACAUGAUUCCUCCUCAAUAACAACAAUAACGCCAAAAAAAACACAACAAUCAUCUGUAGAUGUCGAAGUAACGCUACUGGAUGCUAAUGACAACAAUCCUAUUUUCGUUCCAAAUAACCUUUACGAAUUAGUAGCUCAAUCUGAUUCAAAAUUAGGUACAGUUCUUGGACAAGUGCAUGCCAUUGACAAAGAUCAAGGUAGAAAUGGCAUGGUUUUAUAUCAACUGCAACGACCAGGCAAUUCUACUUAUGGUACACCCUUUGAUGUGGACUCAGAAACAGGAGUUAUAUCUGUAAUUCAGAGUCCAAUAAUGGAAGGCAGACAUGCCAUAUUUAUAGAAGCUUCAGAUCAACCAUUAAACCCUAGUGAACGACGUUUCUCUUUAGCAGUUGUAGCAAUUGAAGUAUUUCCAUCCGACGGACACAAUACAGGAACACCUGACUUUAUUGGAGCGCCAUAUGAAUUUUGGGUUGGUAUCGAUGUGCCGAUUGGUAGUACGGUAGGGCAAAUUCGCACAAAUAAUGCGGUCAGAACAGUUGGAAUAAUUUAUGAUCUUCUUCAUGGUUAUCACGAAGGCGUUCCCUUCGCGAUAGAAGAAAAUUCAGGAAUUAUUACUGUGGUCGACGAGAUCAGAAAAUACAACAAACUAUUGUAUGAAUUCGAAGCUGUGACAACCAACGAAAAAGAUAUUACUUUGAUAACUAAUGUAUCUAUCCACGUAGUUGUUGAUUCCAGCACUAACAAAAAGGGAAGCAUUAAUCACAGCGGGACAACGAAAGCUCCAAUAAUUUUUCGUAUAACCGAGAAUUGCGCCAGUGCAUUUAUCGGACAAGUACUUCCAGCAUACAAUGAUUCAAAUGUGCCGAAGAAUAUUCAUUAUUUUAUAGCCAAUCAGCAAGACGUUCCAGAAAUUAAAAUAACGGAUGAUGGAUCUCUCUAUACAAAAGAUGGUUUAGAUCGUGAGGAAAAGCAAAAUUAUAGUGUCACCAUUGUAGCGGAACAUUUACAUGGAAUUGGGAUUUUUCAAGUAACAGUUGUCAUUGAUGACGAAAAUGACAAUGCACCAUCUUUCAGUUCACACUCUUAUGAAGGACAUCUACUGGAGAACAGCCCUCUUGGUACGAGAGUGACAAUGAAGAAUCACGUAUCUGUACAUGAUGCAGAUGACGGUAUAAACGCCAGUUUUGUAAUUAGUCUUCAAGGAGAUGGUAGCAAUUUAUUCGAGAUUGAUCAGAAGACCGGAGACAUUUUUUACACAGGCAAUAAAGAACAUAUGUUAGAUCGAGAGAUGAAAUCAAUGUAUAACAUGAAAAUUGUGGCAACUGAUGCUGGUAAUCUUAAAACAGAAACUGAGCUAAGCAUCAGCGUUGACGACGUGAAUGAUAAUUCACCUAAUAUAACACAGAUAUUAGUACUGCCUGGUCAUAAUAUUCGAGUAUUAAAGGAUUCUAGUAAUGUGAGCACCAGCAGUAUCUCUAAUGAUAAUAAUAGAAAUUUGUCUCUAAUUAAAGAAGGCUCAAACCACCAGAAUAUGAUUAGACGACAAUCAAUGAUCAUAUACAUUCCCGAAAAUGUGACCUUAGGUGUUCCGAUUCUUCGAAUAGUUGCACAUGAUAAGGAUGAGGAUAAAAAUGCAGAAAUAAAAUAUGAACUUCUGUCUGAAUUAUUGUCUCAGAACAACAGCGGCACUACAUUAAAUUUCAAGACUAACCGAUUUUUUUCAAUCGAUUCAAGAUCUGGAGACAUCACUGUCAUUCAAAGUCUCCCAGCAGAGACUGAUAUUCGAUUUAAUAUAAGGGCAAUAGAUAGUGGCAAUCUAACAGACCAUAUCACAUUUAAAAUACAUGUUACGGAUGUUAAUGAUCAUCCUCCCAUCUUUAGGCAAUCAUUGUAUUUGUUUGAAAUACAGGAAGGGGUCUAUGAUAAAUACAAAAUUGAAACAAUUGCAGCUUUUGAUUCAGAUUUCGGCAAUAACGCGAAUAUAACUUACGAAUUGACUGUUGAAAAUGGUGAUGAUGAAAACGUAAAAUUCAAUAUUGGAAAGUAUACUGGAGAUCUUUUUGUCUCUGGAAUUUUAGACAGAGAGAAAAGGAGUAUGUAUAAACUUGUCAUAAACGCACGAGACAAUGAUUGUGAUGCCAUAAGUCUCAGUUCAGCCACCGAUGUUGAAAUUCAAAUUCUAGAUAUUAAUGACAACCCUCCCAUGUUCUAUGGAUAUGAUAAAAUCAUCAAUUUAGGUCCCACUGAAAAUCAAGUUAGUGGAGGUGAUAAAAAAAACAGAGAGCAGUUAAGAGCAGUCUAUCAGUCAUCCGUUACAAAAGAUAUACCUGUUGGUAGUCGAGUAGCUCACAUUUUUGCCAACGAUUCAGAUUUGAUUGGAAACGGAAAUGGCUUGGUAUUAUUUGAUCUUCUGAAUCUGAGUAGUGAAAAACCAUAUUUUACGAUUGACAGUAAAGAAGGUCUUGUGAAAACUAUUGCCAGUCUAAAAUAUGAAGACAUAAAUGUUUACAAUUUAACAAUUGUAGCCAGUGAUUUUGGUACACCAAGUUUGAGCUCUACUGCUCAACUAAUGGUCACUGUUACGAAUCUUAAUGAUCAUCAUAAUCAUGGGGAUGAAAACAAAAUAGAUGAUAAUUAUCAGCAGCAUAAAACACCACUAUUUCAACACCGAUAUUAUGAAAUUCAAGUUGAGGAAAACACUGACGUGCCAUUGAAACUUGUUCAGUUAAAGACAUCUAAUACAGCGGAAAAUUACAAACAGAAUUUACUACAUUACAGCAUUACUCAUGAAAAAUCUAGUAUGAAUUCCUAUUACUUCUCGAUAGAUUCAAGGAACGGCACUCUGUACCUCAUCAAGCCAGUUGAUAGAGAGCAGAAAGAUUUGUAUGAAAUUAUUGUAAGAGUAGAUAAAAUUGAAAAGCAUAGUAGAGGCAUGCCGAUUAUGAUUUAUCCAAUUGCUGAAGAAAGAUUAAAUGGAUUGGAUUUCAAUGAAGCAAAAGUAAUCGUCAAAAUUAAAGAUGUCAAUGAUAAUGCACCAAAGUUCAAGAUAAUAGAUUCAGAUGGAGGAAGUAGACCUUUGGUAGCUGUAAUACCGUCUGGAGCACAUUUUGGUUACGAGAUAAUUAAAGUUGAGGCAGAAGAUGCAGACGAAGGAAUAAAUGGAGAAAUACGCUACCAAAUUCUCAGUAACGAGGAAGAAGAAGCACCACGAUUUGCUAUCGAUCCAGUCAGUGGUCAAGUAAAAUCAGUUGUCAACUUUGCGCGUGAUGCUGGGCGAGUUUUUGGUUUUGAUGUUAAGGCCACUGAUAGGCAAGGAGCAGACGAUGGACUUGGUAGCAUUAUCAAUGUUAUCGUUUACGUUAUAGAUGAUCGAAAACAAGUUGUGAUGAUUAUCCGUAAACGUCCGACAGAUAUAGAGAAGCAGAUGGAAAACAUUACUAAGAUAUUGAGAAAUAUGACAGGAUAUGACGUUCGCAUUGGAAAACUGGAACCACAUGUUGAAAAGAAUAUAAUUGACACUGAUUCCUCUGAUGUGUAUUUGUAUGCUAUAGAUCCGAAUCUCAAUAUCGUCAUCGAUAUGGAAACAUUGCAUAAUGCAUUCAGAAACAAAAGGAUGGAAAUAGACAGAGAAUUGGAUGUUCUGGACAUUACCAAAAACGUACCGAGAAGAAGGAAUCAACGAUACCUUUUGUCCACUCUUGAAGUUGGUGUAGUUGUACUGGGAUGUGUUGUUUUCGUUGGCACCCUCAUCACUGCACUGUGUUUAACGUGUAUUCGGAGAAACAAGAAAAGUCAUCAGCGACAGCAAAACACUGCACUGUUUUCCACAAAUGCUCCGGUCGUCGGAUUUCCAUUAACCGAUGCGACUGGAACAUUGCAGAAGCCGUCAUUUUUUUCAAGUGUUACUGACCUCCACAGUCUACAUUACAAUACUGAACCUUUUUCUAGUGAUGUACAACAUCACAAUUUAUCUGACCACGAAUCAAAUAUUCGUUUCCACAGNACUCCUGGUGGAGCUCCUAUAGGAAAACACCCUAUGAGAUUUGAAACAUUAGCUACAUCUUUAUACUCUAGCGGUCAAGACUCCGGUAUAGUUGGACGCGCAUGUCAUUGCAGUAAUUCGUACAGUCCAUCAAGUGGCGAAAGUAGCAAUGGCUACGAGGAUUCUUUAAAGUCUUUUCAUCAACAUAUCAACAGCCGAGAAAAUGAGGAUUUACAUAAACAAAACUUGGGCAGGCGUAACAAGCCAUCAAAAAGAAAUCGUGCGAAGCGUCACAUCUUAUCAACUCUUCAAUCUUCAGCAACGGCGCAUCCUACUCAAGAAUUAACUAGCCGUGAGAAACGUUAUCGGUUUAUUAUGGAUCAAAAGCAGCAGCAUCAGAGGCACAUGAAUUCCUUGGAUCGAGAACAUCAUCGCACUUUUUCAGAAGCGGAAAACAACAUUACGGAAACAGUGAUCCACGAACCUCCUGGAAUGGAAUUAAUAAUCUCUGGAUCACGUACAAAUACUUUACGAUUGCAUGGUACGAGAAGGAGCCAGGUACUAUACUGAUAAAGCAGCAGACGAAAGUCGUUUUAUUUUUUAAUUAUAAUAAUAAGAUGAAUAUCGCGAUCGGAAAAGCAGUUGGAAGGAGUUGGAAAGGAAUUGAAGGGAGAUUAUUGAUUGAAAUCUAGCUGCAAUUUCCAAAAAAAACUCUGUUUAUUAAAUGUUUAUGUAAACUGCGAAGAUAUUCAACACAUAUUCCACAGUAUUCUCAUUGAAUCAAUGAAUACUUAAAAUUAAAAAAAUAAUUAACAAAUUUGAAAAUUGUAGUAAAACGGAUGAAGAGCAAUUUUAUGUGAACCUAUCGCUCCACGAUCCCAAUAUUUUGCUGUAAAAAGAAAAAGUUUGUCCAACCAAUAUAUGAUUGAAAGAAACUAUAUUUCUUUUCUUCUGCAUAGUUAGUGUGUAUGGAUAAGAUAUGUGUCACCCUAGUCAGACUGUAUAGUGCUACUAGAAGCCUGUCAAUAAUAAAAAUCUGGUUUAUUUUUUGAUA